AUGUUACGCACAAAUAACAAUAACGAGCAGCACCAGAGACGCGGGCGGGCGGGGUUCAAACACUGCCUUUGGGGAAACCCAGCCACAGCAACCUUGUGCAGCACCUGCGAAGAGAAGCGCCCCGGGGACCCCAGCGGGGGCUGCAGCGGGCCCGGCCGAGGGCGAGGGAACAGCCGGGAGUGGGAGAGGCCCCGGGGAUCCGAGGGGGGUUUCCAGGGGGCCCGGCCGAGGGCGAGGGAACAGCCGGGAGCGGGAGAGGCCCCGGGGACCCCAGGGGGGUUUCCAGGGGGCCCGGCCGAGGGCGAGGGAACAGCCGGGAGCGGGAGAGGCCCCGGGGACCCCAGCGGGGGCUGCAGCGGGCCCGGCCGAGGGCGAGGGAACAGCCGGGAGUGGGAGAGGCCCCGGGGUCCCCAGGGGGGUUUCCAGGGGGCCCAGCCGAGGGCGAGGGAACAGCCGGGAGUGGGAGAGGCCCCGGGGACUCCAGGGGGGUUUCCAGGGGGCCCGGCCGAGGGCGAGGGAACAGCCGGGAGUGGGAGAGGCCCCGGGGACCCCAGGGGGGUUUCCAGGGGGCCCGGCCGAGGGCGAGGGAACAGCCGGGAGUGGGAGAGGCCCCGGGGACCCCAGCGGGGGCUGCAGCGGGCCCGGCCGAGGGCGAGGGAACAGCCGGGAGUGGGAGAGGCCCCGGGGACCCCAGGGGGGUUUCCAGGGGGCCCGGCCGAGGGCGAGGGAACAGCCGGGAGUGGGAGAGGCCCCGGGGACCCCAGCGGGGGGUCUCCAGGGGGCCCGGCCGAGGGCGAGGGAACAGCCGGGAGUGGGAGAGGCCCCGGGGUUCCCAGGGGGGUUUCCAGGGGGCCCGGCCGAGGGCGAGGGAACAGCCGGGAGUGGGAGAGGCCCCGGGGUCCCCAGGGGGGUUUCCAGGGGGCCCGGCCGAGGGCGAGGGAACAGCCGGGAGUGGGAGAGGCCCCGGGGAUCCGAGGGGGGUUUCCAGGGGGCCCGGCCGAGGGCGAGGGAACAGCCGGGAGUGGGAGAGGCCCCGGGGUUCCCAGGGGGGUUUCCAGGGGGCCCGGCCGAGGGCGAGGGAACAGCCGGGAGUGGGAGAGGCCCCGGGGUCCCCAGGGGGGUUUCCAGGGGGCCCGGCCGAGGGCGAGGGAACAGCCGGUAGCGGGAGAGGCCCCGGGGAUCCGAGGGGGGUUUCCAGGGGGCCCGGCCGAGGGCGAGGGAACAGCCGGGAGUGGGAGAGGCCCCGGGGACACCAGGGGGGUUUCCAGGGGGCCCGGCCGAGGGCGAGGGAACAGCCGGGAGUGGGAGAGGCCCCGGGGAUCCGAGGGGGGUUUCCAGGGGGCCCGGCCGAGGGCGAGGGAACAGCCGGGAGUGGGAGAGGCCCCGGGGUCCCCAGGGGGGUUUCCAGGGGGCCCGGCCGAGGGCGGGGGAACAGCCGGGAGUGGGAGAGGCCCCGGGGACCCCAGGGGGGUUUCCAGGGGGCCCGGCCGAGGGCGAGGGAACAGCCGGUAG